ACAUUUUCCUUUUCGUCUUCGUCUGAUAUUGUCGAGGGAGACUUAGAAUCGCCAACAUUUCUAAACUUUCACAUUCUUGACCACUUGUUGCUUCAAAAUGCUAUUUCGCUCAUCACAAAUAUUUAUAGAGAAACAAAAAGAGAAAAUAACUCAAGAUACUGGAAUAUUUAUGUACAAGAAGUAAUAAAAUCAUCAAUGAUAUUCUGCGUAUGUAUGCCAAAUAUUCAAAGUACUGAAAUGUAUACAAAUCCAAAUAUUUAUUUAAUAUAA